AUGACCGACGCCGAGACGACGUUCAGUCUACUCGACGAAGAAGAGGAGCGGGACGAGGUGGGCCCGUCGACUGCGGUCGUCAAGGGACGCCCUUCGCUCCGAUCCAUCUCGCUCUCCCAAACACCAAGUGCGCCGAGAGAUUUGGAGAGUGGAAAUGUGAAUGGAUAUGGAAAUGUAGGUCAGAUGAGUUGUGGAGCAGAGCUGCACAAACUGACCGGCGGAUCGACGACGUCGUUGACUUCGCAAUCGAAGAAGGUCACCAAGUUCUACAAAAAACAAAACGAACUGCUCGAGAACUUCAAGAACGACAGCGAACAGAUCGAGGUGAGUGACUGCUGUCUGCUGAGAGUGUAACAAUCAUUGAUGAUUUCAGCAGUUCAAUCGUACCCGACGGCGGACGACUAGCAAGGAAGAGGAGACGGAUCUGACGACGUCCUUGCCGACGACGGUCCCAGUAGAGAGGGCAGCCACAGCGCCGUUGGUAAAGCACGUGGUCAGUCUUUUACAUCACUUACUUUUCCAUCACUUUGAGUAAAUAGUUUCCGAUCUAUCUGUUCCAACACGCACUUGCAAUGUUCACUCACUCAAUCCCGUUUAGCUGAAUUCAGUAACGUUUUGUUUGAAGGAUGGAACAGACGAACCGGAAGUAGUGAUUAUCGAUGUGCCACGCAGUCCUAGGAACAUAAGAAGGGUGAGUUGCAGGUCGACAGCCGAAGAUUCAGUAACUGCGGACGACGUCGGUGUUUUCAGAAGCCGAUGGAGAGAACGGACACAGAGAAAGACUCGAUGGACGAGAAGGCGAAGGAGGACGAAUCGAGAGCGGCGGCCCGGAUGGCAAAGAUCACAUUGCUCGUCAACUUCAUCCUGAUGAUAGCCAAAGUGUUCGCUUCUGUGCUCUCCGGAUCCAUGUCGAUCAUUUCGUCGAUGGUUGAUUCUGUGGUUGACAUCACCUCAGGACUUGUCAUUUCCCUUUCGGAGAGAAUGAUCAAGAAGAGAGAUCCGUAUUUGUACCCGAGAGGAAGGACCAGGCUGGAACCACUUGCUCUGGUAAUUGUUUUGAAAAGAGAACGUGUUCUUGAACUGAAUUAAUUCAGAUUCUGAUCAGUGUGAUCAUGGGAAUGGCCUCUAUCCAGUUGAUUAUCUCGUCGGUGCGCGGAAUUCACGAAGGACUACAGUACGAUAUGUACGGAAUCGGAGAGGCGCCGAGGCUCAAUGUCACCUUCAUCUCGGUGAUAAUCAUGGUGUGCACGGUGCUGAUCAAACUCUCCCUCUACCUUUUCUGCAAACGGUACAAGGAACCAUCCGUGAACGUGCUCGCAAUGGAUCACCGCAACGACUGCAUCUCGAACACGGUGGCUCUGAUCUGUGCGUGGCUCGGAACCAAGUACUCCUACUACUUCGACCCCGCCGGCGCCAUCCUCGUCUCCUGUUACAUUCUGUACACUUGGGUGCAAACGGGAAGAGAGCACUUAGCCAAGCUCUCUGGAAAGACUGCGGAGCCGGAGUUUAUCAACCGAAUCAUAAAGGUCUGUCUGGAUCACGACAAUCGCAUCUCGCACAUCGACACCGUCUACGUGUACCAUUUCGGAAGCAAGUUCCUUGUUGAGGUCCAUAUUUGAAUGUGUACAUUCGUUUGAUUUAACGACGAAUUUUAGGUUCACAUCGUGCUCGACGAAAAUAUGAUUCUGCGGGAGUCGCACGAUAUCAGCGAGACGCUCCAGUCGAACAUUGAGAGCCUUCCGGAGGUCGAGCGCGCCUUCGUCCACACCGAUUACGACUACGACCACCAUCCGCACGACGAGCACAAAGUCGUCUGA